GUUAUCAAAACGUCAGUCGUAUUGUGGCAGGCGAACAGAACGGUGCCGUCAAGUGAAGUAGAAGGACAAACAGUGAAGUUUUUAAUGUAGAAAUACUUUUUCUUAUGAUAAUAUUUAGUGAGAAUGUGUCGUAAAGUGUAUUACCUGCAAAACUAUAAAUUUGGAUUACUCUACUUUCUACAAUUCAUUGUUUUGGGCAGUGCUGAACUUUUAAUUAAUGUACAAAAUCAGGGAGGCGAAGUGGUGCAAGAGACAAUAACUUCCAAUGUUAGUGAUGAUGUUAUUACCUUGGAGUUUCAGAGGACUGAUGGAACUCUUAUCACAGAAUUGAUUGACUUUCGAAACGAGGUGCACGUUCUGAAGGCACUCGUUCUGGGUGAGGAAGAACGAGGACAGAGUCAGUAUCAAGUGAUGUGUUUCGUGACGAAAUUCCAGAAAGGCGAUUUCAUCUCAUCAGAUGCAAUGGCAAAAUUGCGACAGAAAAAUCCCAGUACAAUUCGAAUCCCUGAGGAGGAUCGAGGGAAGGAGAAUUUCACAAUGACGUCUUGGGUGACACUGGAACGGUCAUCCUCAAUAUCCCGCCAUAUAGCAUCUCUCUGUGCUGAAGCGUCGGAUUCAACAUAUGCGAGAGAUGUGGAUUUGAGAGCGUGGGCAGAGCUACCAGGCUCCUCAAUAUCCAACUUGGAGGCAGCACUGCGUCAAUUUCCACCAACGAAACCUUCAAGAUGCAGCGAAGUGUCGGGUGUUUGGGCACCGUGCACAUGUUUUUUGGAAAUGUGCAUAGGUUGGUACCCGUGUGGCCUGAAGUAUUGCAAGGGUAAGGCUGAAGAUAAUGCCCUUGCAUCGGGCACAACAAGCUAUCGAUGCGGUAUAAAAACGUGUCUAUAUUUCCAGUGUUAACAACAUUAUGAAGAGCAAAAGGGAUAGGUAAGCCUGUCGGGUAGGGGUGGAAAACUGUAAUUUUGUAAAUAGUCAACCGUAAAUGAGAGAUAUGUUUAAAAAAAAGGUAUAUUGUGCAUAGGUUCUAAAAUAUAUUUUCUAACUGAAAGGAUCAUACAAGAGUUAAAAAAAAACAAAUGAUACACUUUGGAAACUUUCAAAUUAAUCAACUAUUCUUUUAUAACCUAGAAAUGGAGUGUAUGUGACUAGCAAAAUAAUAAAAAAAAACAAGAGCGAAUAUGAUGAAAAAAUAAUAGAAAUAAAAAAUGAAUUUAAUAAUAGCUUCUGUAUGGAAAUUUACUGAGGGGAUUGUGAGUGAAUGUGAAAAAAUUUUGCAGUGUAUUAUUUUUCGCUCGCAAUUCCGAAAAAAAAUGCUUCUUUUAUUUUAGAUACGCUACAGAAUAUUUUUUUAUGAAGAAUUUUUUUUUGGUUAAUUUACAAAAUGUACUUUUUUCAUGCGUGUCCAUAUCGCGAGAUAGAGAAAAAAGUCAUUCAAUAUAGGCAAACACAACGGAAUGCAACAGGAAAAAGGGUAUGGAAUUAUUUAAAAUAGUGCUGAACAUCUCUUUUCCCUCUAAAUUACAAAAUCUACAACUCCCAUCGUAUAGUGAACAGGUGUAAAAUACGAUGUUGAAAAUAUAUACGUGUAUCAUAUCAUAAUUAUCAAAUGUGCCAAUCAAAUGAAAUCUAUUGAUUCAAUUUGGUUCAGAGGUUGCAAUAUCGCUGCACGCUGGGUCAGGUUUUUUACUGACAUUGCACGAUAAUAUAGCAAAUUUUGUGGAGUGGAUUAAUUUUGUCACUUGCAUUACAUGAACACAUAAUAUGUGGGUGGAUGAUUUUCAAUGAACACAGCAGAUAAUUGCCAGAUUCAGUAACUUUAAAAUGUUGGUUGCUGUAAUUCUGCUCUAUUAUAGUUGUAAAUUGAACGAAAUGUGUUAAUAUUUGACAGGACAGACGUCGAAAACCAUGACCUCAAAGUGACAAAUCACCGAGUUUGCCGUAUAGAUAAAAACAAUUAAUAAUAAUAAUUGUUUUCAUCUAAUUGAUUGUUUCCGAAUUAUUACCUGUUGAGCAGAAUUCUUCAGUUUUCCAAGAUCUUUCGAAUAGAUUCAAUCAAAUUAAUCAAUGACAAAUAUUCACUGAGAAAUUGGUAUUUUAUGGCCUCUACACAUUUGGGAGCAAAUUGCGUCAAAAAUUACCUUUUUGACAGAAUUAUGACGUUUGUACAUACAGCACUGCAGGCAAUUUCUUUCAACAAUGCAAUUUUUGAUGAAAAUUGAUCGUAAUGUGUAGAUGACUUUAGACGAUGUAACUUUUGACCUUGCAAAAAUUGGCAGAAAUUUUGUUGAAAAUUUAAAUUCUCCGCUCAUACACAAUUUCAAUUAUUGAAAUUUCAUUUUCAACAAUGAAACUUUUUGAAUAAAAUUUUGUUUGAAUAGUGCUUUCAUACUUUUUUUUUUUAAUUUUGCUUAUUUAAGUCAAAUGUCAAAUUGGUUAGUCUCUUUUCUAAACUAAUUUCACUAGACAGAAAAAAAUUACUAAUUGUUCGUAAAUAUUUGUUAAUUUCUACUGAGGAUUUAGCCACCAAAAAGUUUGUAAUUUUUUGUACUUUUUCAUAAACAUUGCUCGUAACAUGAUCAUUUAGUGAGCAUUUUUUGCUCUUUUACAAAUAUUUAUUCGUACAUUUUUGUUUAACUGACAAAACUUUACAAAUAAAUGACAAAAUUUUAUGUUAAUUUUUUUGUGUGUUUACGAAUAUUUACAAAUAAAUUUUUGUAAAAGAACGAGAAAUGGUCGUUAAAUGAUCAUGUUACGAAAAAUGUUUGUGAAAACGUACAGACAUUUAUAAACUUUAAUGGGUUACGAUUUCCGAUAAUUUUAUAAAUCCCCAGUAGGAAUUCACAAAAAUUUACGAAAUAUUUUUUUUCUGUGUAGUGAGAUUAGUUUUCCACCAGACAAUUGCCAAUUCAAGCUGUCAAAACUCAAACUCAGGCUUUUGUUUAAAAUAUAGUAAAAUUUUAGUUUUACUGCACGAAAAGGAAAUACGAAUAAUUGAGAAUUCACAUAUUGCAUAAGUUUUUCAAUUUAUUCACCCGACAUUUUUCUUUUAGGGGCGGUUUUAUUUUAUACUUAUUUGUGGUGCCGUAAGUACGCGUGACUGUCCCUUGCGAGUGGCUUUGAUACCCUCCUGUUCGUAAGCUUUUCUUUAAUUCUAAUGAUUAAGAACGGUUCUCACCUUUUCAGACAUAGUAGAUCGGAUCGAUAAAGACCAUCCUUGAGUUCUAGAAAUAAAGAGAAGUUUACGAACAGGAGGGCGCCAAAGUCAACCGAACUUACGGUAGAUUUAAAUUUUCACAAGUAGACAAAUAAAUCUACAAAUUAGGAAUUAAUACAAAAAAA